AGUCGGCAGAAUGAGCUGGGCAGAAGAGACACUGGCUGUAGGUGUGAAGUGAGCGCUAAUUGGCCGAUCUCCCGCGCUAGCGACACGAUUGGUCAGGUACUUUCCGUCCCAACACUUCCUGCUCAUGCGCAUGCGACCCUGAGGCAUACCGGCACACACAGAUAUCUGUAACUGAUACACUGGGCGACUGAAGCAGCGCCGUGCAAUACCAAAGUACACGCGUUCAGUUGCUGACGGCGUGUUAGCUGCGCUUGGAUUCAGUCGGCAAGACCUGACAAAUGAAGACGGCGCUGGUGACGCUGGCGGCUGUGCUGUGCCUGUGGGUGCAGCCCUCCGGCUGCGCCAGCAUCCUGGCCAUCUUCCCUCUGGGCGGCAUGAGUCACUGGCAGGUGUUCCGCGGACUGCUGGUGGAGCUCUCCAGGAGGGGCCACCGGCUCACCGUGGUGACGCCCUUCCAGCAGGAGGGCGACCCCUGGAACCACGUCCAGACCAAGGCCAGCCUAGGAGGUGGAGGAGGAGGAGGAGGCGGCGGUCGAGGAGUAAAUUUCUUGGAUUUUGGCAAGCUUUCACACCAACAGCAGUUCCUUCUCAUGUUCAAGAUAGGAGAGCAAUUUUGUCAAGAGUUAAUGGAAGAUGAAGGUGUGCAAAGCCUUAUUAAUACACAAGAUGAGAAGUUUGAGCUCCUGAUAAUUGAAGCUUUUUUCCAUGACUGCCUACUUGCUUUUGCACACAAGUUCAAAACUCCCAUUGUUGGAGCAUGUGCUACUGGAGCCGGUGCUACAUGGACACAUGCCAUGGUGGGGAACCCCUACCCUCUGUCCUACCUCCCUGAAAUAGGGGUUGCCUACACAACCAAUAUGAACCUCUUCCAGCGGACAUACAACAUUUUUUCUGCUCUCACUUUCAACGCUUAUCGCCAUUACUUUUACCUUCCAGCUCUGGACCAAAUGGUCCAGAAGUACUUCAAGGAUCCCAAUAUACCUCCUUUGGCAAAACUGGAGAGUAAUACUUCUCUCAUGCUACUUAACAGUCAUUUCAGCUUUGACUACUCCAGGCCCUUAGUACCAAAUAUUAUAGAAAUAGCAGGCAUGCACAUUAAGACACCAAAAAAACUUCCAGAGGAUCUGCAGAUAUUUAUGGACACUGCAACAGAUGGUGUCAUAUACUUCAGCAUGGGGAGCAAUAUCAAAAGCACAGACUUCCCAGAAGAAAUGAGGAAUAUGUUCCUCAAGGUAUUCUCCAAGCUGAAACAAAAAGUUCUAUGGAAACUUGAGACAGAAUCUCUGCCAAAUCAACCUGCUAAUGUGAAGAUUAGCAAAUGGUUGCCACAGAGUGACAUUCUCGCUCACAGAAAUUUGAAGUUCUUUAUCACUCAUGGAGGAAUGAUGAGUGUUCAAGAAGCCCUUCACUUUGCUGUCCCACUUCUUGGAGUUCCUAUAUAUGGUGAUCAAGAACCAAACUUGUUGAAAGUGCAAAGUCUUGGAUAUGGCAUUAUGCUUCUGCUUAAUAACAUCACUGAAAAAUCAUUUCAAUGGGCAGUAAAUGAACUACUUCUGAAUCCAAGAUAUGUAGAGAACGCGAGAAAGUAUUCCAAACUCUUCCAUGACCGUCCACAAAAACCCCUGGAUGCAGCUGUCUACUGGACAGAAUAUGUUUUACGUCACAAGGGAGCCUACCACAUGAGGUCGGGGGCACUGGAUCUGACAUGGUACCAAUACUUCCUACUAGAUGUCAUCUUCUUCCUACUGGUUUGCAUUUUAAUUGCAUUACUGAUAAUGACAAUAACAAUAAAAUAUAGUGUUAAGUACAUCUUUGGUACCAAACAUUCAGCUCCUGAGAAGAAGAAAAGUGCAAAAAAUGACUAGGUUUUUGACAUUUAAAGAAAAAUAUUGAGGAUUUUUUGGCAGUAAGACUACAUAUAAAAUAAUUUAUGUUUGACUGGCAUUUUCAAUGACCAACAACAUCACAUAUCUAACAAAUUUUACAAAUCUGUGAUAAUUUGAAUGAAAAAUGUGUACACUUGUGCUAACUACUGAACAUUGUGCUUUACAUAUUACUAUGAUAGCAUUCUAUCACUUGGUAUAAAAUUUUGAAUUUCAUAAUAUGAACUGCAGAAGGCAUAUGUAAUUACCUAGUUAUGAUUGUCUGAUUAUUUAAAAAAGGCUUUAAUGCACUUAUUACUUUCCUGUGUAUUUUAUUUACCAUAUGUCCAGUCAUGCCACACUGAUUGCCCACAUGUAAGGUAUGCAUACAUAAUUAACAGCAAAUAUGAGAAGAAUAGAUUUUAGCUUAUGACACUGAGGAGGUGUUGACAGCUGCCAAAGAAAGAAAGACUGCUAGAUGUUAUUAACUAUUAGAUUGAGAUGUAGACCAAACAAAACAUGCAUACAUUCACACACCCAUAACACACAUGCAUGGCUGCAGUCAUCUCCAGGCACUAAGGCCCGACAGCCAAUGCGUCUAUGAUCAGCAGCGAUCUGUGCUGGGGGAGAGGGGGGAGGGGGGUUUACAGAAGAGGUGUGGGAUGUGAAGGGGGAGGAUAGCAGGGUUGGGGUGGGGGAAGAUGCUGUAGUGCUGCCUGUGAGGAUGCGCUGGAAUGUGGUAGGCACAAGAUGGUGGACUGCUGGAUGCAGCAUCGGAAAUCUAUACUGGAUUCCAGAUGAUGAGCAGUGGUGAUGGGGGAAGGGGGGGGUGGGGGUGGAGAGAAGUAUAGAAGGUUAAAGCACUCUGAUAGUGUGGGUAGGGCUGGAGCAGUAGCAGGGAAGGAAGCAGGUGGAGAACAGUGUAAUGGAACUGUUCAGUAUACCUCUCUUUUUCUCCACUGUUGAAGAACCCGAUGCAUUAUAAUCCACAACAUGAUCCGAAGAGAUUAAAACUGCAUAUUGUGUAGUUUAUAUUAUUUUUUAUAAAUGUUCAUUGGAGAGGCAUAAUGGUUACAUAAAAUUUAUUGUUUUACGAGAAACAUGAUUAUUAUAGUUAUUUCUAAUGAGCUUUUCAGAGUUGUUCAUUUGUGAAGUAUAUAAUAUUUAGAUUUAGUAUUAUAAUCAUACUUAUUGUUUUCUGUAAUAAAUAGAAGACCGUAUUUCUUUUCGUUUUCAUGGAAUAUAAACCAAAUCCUAAUUCUUUGGUCAAGAAUAUCAGUUCUAUUGACCAUAAAAUGGAUAGAUCUCUGUCCUUGAACAAAUGGAGCAUUUGAUGCAUUUUGGCAGGAGACAGUUGAGAUGUAGUUGUAGAACCAUUUCCUGUUGCGAGAUGUAACAGUUGGAAGUUAGCAGUUCUUGUCAAGACCUGACUUAAUUUGUGAAAACUGUACAAUAUGAAAUAAAAUAACUUUCAAGUGACAA